AUGGCUGACGAUCAAAGUUCGAAUGAUACAGAAAUAAUUUCAUUUGCUAGUAGCGAAAUUUCUUUACCACGUGUUACUCGCUUUUGGAUGCUUCUUCUCUUUGACGUUUCGUCAACUAUAUGUGCAUUGUUUGUUCUAUUCUGUGUCCUUAUUAAUCACAAGCUACGCUCUACUGUGAAUAAUCAUGCUCUCAUCGUUUUACUCUUUCUUGGAUUGAGUCUUCAAUUAAUUGAUGUUCCGUUUUAUCUCAAUUUUAUCAUACAUUCAAGUGUUACUCCUUCUAAUGGCUGGAUUUGUCUUUUAUGGUGGCUUGUGGAUAUUGGCAUGUACAAUGGAGGAACCAUAAUUUUAGCUUGGAUAGCAUUUGAACGACAUAUCAUAGUAUUUUAUGAUCAAUUGAUUUCAACAAGAAAAAAACGUAUACUGAUACAUUAUUUGCCAAUGCUUUUCUUAAUACUAUAUAGUUUUGCUUAUUAUAUUUAUGCUACUUAUUAUUUUCCAUGCGAAAAUAUUUAUGAUUACACAUUACCAUUCUGCAAUGGCUCUCCCUGUUACCUAAGUGAUCCUAUUAUGGGGAUUUGGAAUUUUAUUAUCAAUAGUGCUUUGCCGUCAUUUUUAGAAGCAUUCUUUAGUUUAUCUUUCCUUUUUCGAGUCUUCUGGAAGAAAUAUCAUUCUCAUUUACCAAUGCAAUGGCGUAAACAACGAAAGAUGACCAUUCAGCUUAUGUCUCUCUCUUCUUUGAAUAUGGCUGUCACUUUCCCAAUUGGUGUUAUUGGAGUUGCUCAUUUAUGUGGCUUACCACAAGAUGUCGGAGUUCAAGUCAAUCAGUAUUUCUUUUUCUUUUCUUAUUUCGUUAUUUUUCUGAUUCCCUUCAUUUGUCUUGCAUCAAUAAGUGGUGUCAACAGAAAGUUUCAAGAAAAAAUACUUUGUCGUCGACAACGACAAGUUCAACGGUUCACUGCAACAGUGAAACCUGAACAUUUUAAGUCAAAUAUAACAAUGCAGCAUUAA